AUGGCGGAGUCGAAUAAACCGUGGGCGAAAGCGUUGCUGCGCGACGCGUCCGCGGUCAUGGCGAAGAACCUCGCGGCGGCGAAGCCCAGGGGCGUCGCUUCCGCGCGGGUGCGCGAACCACGACACGAGCACGCGACCCAAUUCAUCGCGCGUCCGCGUUCGGUCGUCCCGUCGUCCCGAGCGUCCGGUCCCCGUCCACCCAGCCCCCAGCGCGCUCGCCGACGUCCCCUUCCCUCGUCGCUCUCGCGUCCACAGAACGACGGCGGCGCCGUGGAACUCGCGGGAAAGGUGGACGAGCUCGCGCGCGAGCUGAACGACGCGCGAGCGUCGCUUCGCGAGGUGGAAAACGCGCUGUCGGAGCACCUGGAGAAACUCGCGGAAGCGGACGCCGCGGCAGCCUCGGGCGAGGCGUCGACCGAGAACGAGUACACGUCGCGGCUGUGGAAGCAGCGCGCCGCGGACGCGGCGAAGACGCGCGUCGUCCUCACGCUCGAGAAGAAGAGGCUGCGAGAGGAAGCGAAGGAGGAGACGAGAAGAGACGCCGAGGGAAGAGAGAAGGAAAUUCGCGCGCUGCGCGCCGAGUGCGACGCGGCGAACGCGCGGCGGAGCGCGAAAGAGACCGAGCUCGUGGAGUACAAGACGGAACUGAGACGCACGCGCGACGCCGCCGCCGCGGAGCGCGCGAAACACGACGCGGACGUCGCGGCGCUGAGACGCGACGUGUACAACGCGAAAUUGGAAGUGGACGCGCUACGGAACGACACCGUCGUCGCGGCGUUGCGCGCGGAAGUGCGCGAGCUCGAGAAGGAGAGAGACGAUUACAAAGCCGUCGCGGGCGCGCAAGUCGCGGAGACGAUGACGAGAGGCGACGCGAACGACGCCCUGUACGGGGAGGUGAGCGAGUUGCGGUCCGCGAUGGCGUCGGCGGCGGCGUCGUGGAAGAGCGAACGAGAGACGAUUGGCGCGGAGCUCGCGCGGACGAAGCGCGAGGCGGCGGAUGCGGCGGCGGAAUACGCGAGUAGGGAACUCGAGCUGACGCGGAAGGCUUCGGACGCGUUCAAGGACGCGGGGAUCUCGGGCGCGAAGAAGGCGGCGGCGGCGGCGGAGGCGGCGGCGGAGGCGGCGGCGCGAAAAUUGGAGACGCCGAGAGGGGGCAUUUUGGCCGCCCGCGACGCGAGCGCGGUGUCGGAUCUCGUGAACGCGAGGCUGAGGGACUCCAUCGCGACGCUGACGGAGAGCAACGUCUCGCUUCGAGCGCGCGUGCGCGAGUUAGAAGACGAGACCGCGGCCGCGAGAGCGACGGCGCGAGCGGCGGAGACGGAGACGCCGACGCCCGCGGCGACGGCGAAGCCGCCGUCCGCGCGAAUCGAUCGAUACGUCUCCCCCGGCGCUCGCUUCGAGUACGAGCACCUCGCCGGGCGCAUGCCGACGUCCGAGGACGCGCGCGUUUGCCCCGCCGGCGUCGGCACGGCGACGAUCGACGACCCGAACGCGGUCGCGAAGCUGUCGUCCACGGAGGCGCGCACUCCCGACGCCGGCGUCGGCUCGCGCGGCGGCUCGCACCUCUUCGCGCACGCCGAGUCGUGGCGUUCCUACGGCGAGAGCACGCCGAUCGGCACGUCGCCGGCCGCGAUGAAGCACAGGGAGCAGGCGCUCGGGAAGAGCACGACGGCGGCGUACGCGCGCGCCGGGGACGUCGGCGCGAGCGGCCGCGACGUGGAGAAAAUAAAUCGCGCGGAGGCGGCGUCGAGGAGCGUGCGACUCGGCGCGCCGUCGCCUCUGAAGACGCAGGAAGCGCUGCGGGAGACGUGCGCGGUCGCCGCCGCGAUCGAGGGGUACUCCUCGGACCUGAAGCGUUGCUACCCUGUCACCCCGGGCGGCGGCGGUGGCGGCGGCGGCGCGCGGACGACGAAGCCGGCGAUCACGGACGGGAAGAUGCUCGGCGGCGGCGGUUGGAUUUCGAAGAGCGCUUCGCCGUUGGCGCGGCGCCCGCGGGGGGCGAGCGCGUCGCGACGCGGCGGGUGGGUCGGCGGCGGGUGA